AUGUCUCGCCUUGAAGCUAAAAAGCCUCCUGUAUUUAUUAGUGAACCUUUAAGUAAAGAUGCAGUUGGUCAGUCACUGUCACUGCUGAGUGGAAUAUUCAAGUCUUGCUAUGGUCCUGCUGGUAGGCUUAAGCAGCUCCACAAUGGUGUGGGAGGCUGUGUUUGUACAACUUCACAGUCUGCAGCCAUCCUCAGUCAUCUGCCUGUCAGCCAUCAUGUGCUAAGGGUUUUGACAGCCUCUGUCCAGAACCAUAUAUCCCGCUUCAGUGACUGUGGCUUAUUUACUGCCAUCCUUUGCUGUAGUUUGAUUGAAAACUUUAAAAGCCUGAAUGUUGCAUCUUGCACUGUCAUUGAAAUAAGCAAACAUCUUUUGAGUUUAUGUAUGGACUACCUCAAAUCUGAGGCCUGUGGUUGCCGAGUGCCUGUGGAUUUUGGCAGUGUUGAGACUCUUCUUUGUUUGGUACGUAGCAUAUUAACAAGCAAACCUGCUUGCAUGCUUAAUAAAGCAGAAAUUGAUCAUCUCAGCACGCUGAUUUUAAAGGCUUUUAUGUUUACUGUUCCAUGUCAUGUUGAGACUUGUGCUGUUUUAGGAAAGUGUAUAAUAGUGCCUGUGAAAUGUAGAAGAGUAGUGGAUUCUGCAGUUCUUCCUGGACUACUGAUAGAAACACCAGAAAUUCAAUUGGCAAAACCACUUACUGUCAAAAGAACUUGUUCAAACACAAUCAAGAUAGCAGUUUUCUGUGUGUCCAUGUCAGGAGACAGCUUCAGUCCUGAAGAAGGAACAAUAACAGUCCAUUGUGGAGUUUCUCUAGAAAUGUCAGAGCUGAAUCAGUUGCUUAAUAUAGGAAAGCAGCUGGUUGACGAUGAGGUUGGCCUUGUAGUCUGCCAGAAAGUUAUCCAUCCAUCCUUGAAACAGUAUCUGAAAGAGAACGGGGUCAUGGCUGUGGACAGAGCGGGGCUAUCUCUGAUGGAACCCUUGAGUCGGAUGACAGGUUCAAAGCCUAUAGCUUCCAUCCAUUUGUUGUCUCCCAGUUGUUACGGCAGUUUGGAGGAUGUGUGCCUUGAGAGUUUUGGGUCCAAACAUUUUGUACAUCUAAUUCCUAAGGACACAGUUGUCUGCAGUUUGAUACUGUGCAACAGAAAUGAAACAGCAUGGGAUGAAUUGAAGCGUGCCUGUGAAACUGCAGAACAUGUGUUACAGUUAACAAUCAAGGAACCUUUGGCAUUGUUAGGAGGUGGCUGUACAGAAACUCACUUGGCUUCAUACAUAAGACACAAGAGUUGUAAUCUGUCCACCAGCAGUUUAGACGAUAUGGAUUGUUCUUGGACACAAUAUCAAUUAGUCGCUGAUGGCUUUUGCCGUUCCCUGGAGUCUGUAGCUUGCUCUCUGAAUCAUGAUGGUGGAGAAAUUCUUACAGACAUGGCUUAUGGACACUGUUGGUUUGUUUUGCCAGGUUUUCCCUCUGUCUCUAAUUGGUCAGAUUUAGUUUCAAAAUGUGGCUGUGGCAUUAAUGAUAAGAAUGAAAAUCUCAGCUGGAGGCUUCUACAAAGCCAGUUUGGUUCUCCUUUUACACAGGGCUGCCCUGAAAAGCCCUCAGUAAAGGCUGCUGACUUUCUGGCACUGGACUGCUUCGCUGCAAAGUGUAGUGGCCUACAAGUAGCUCUGGAGACAGCCAACCUGAUUUUGGAUCUCUCAUAUGUAAUUGAAGAUCAGAAUUAG